AUGCCGCGUGUCUCUCCCAGAUACUUCGCCGAAACCUGUAGCUAUACGCAGACUCCAAGCGCAUACAAUAACAGCGCUGGUAUAUCAGAAGAACUUCCAGAAGCGGCGUCCCUCGUUCUUGCCGACCCAGCGAGACGCGACAAUGCCGUCGCCCGAAUCGCUCCAGACCACGCUCCCGAGGUCGGCACUGACGCUCAUGACGAGGAGGAGGUUGCUAAUUUCGGGUACAAGCAGGAGCUGAAGCUGAAGCGCGACUGGGGGUUAAUGCAUAACUUCAGCAUUUCUUUCUCGAUUAUUAGUGUAAUCACGGGCAUCACAACAUUUUUCAGCUAUGGACUUCAUACCGGUGGAGCGUUCAACCUCCUCGGCCAAGUUGCUGUCACUACAGGUAUAACUGGCUGCGCAGGUCUCAUCCCAACACCAACAGUCGCAACCGUCAAAUCUAGCUACGAGUCUACCGCAAAACAGUUGGCAUCUACGCCGCCCUCCUCCCACGGCAUUGUCAACACCUUCGUCGUCAAAGUCCUUCGAUACCUUAACAACACUUCCAUCCUUCUCCAUUCUGGUGGGGUAGCUGCCAUCGCUAUUGCCGUGCUCGCUAAAGCGCCCACCCACCAACCCGCCUCCGCGCUCUUCCAAAAAUUCUACGACGGCACCGCCGCCACCCCUGGUGAGCCAGGAUGGUCGAUCAGAGCAUCACCAGCCUACGUGGCAUACUGA